GGCGUCAUCACGGAGCGCCGCCCGCAGCAUGGUGCCUCCCGCGCGCCUCCUCCGCCGGGCCCUGUGCUCGGCGUCCGGCGGCCGCGGGCGGAGCAGGGCGUGGGGGGCUUCGCUGUCGCCUCUGGAGAGACUGAAGCGGAUGCUGCCCGCAGAGGAGGCGGCGUUGGUGGAGCGCUACGCGGAGCCCCGCUCCUCCGCCUCCCCGCGGGCGCCUCCCGAGGAGAAAAUGGCGGCGCUGCCCACCGCGGCGCGUUUAUCGCGGGGACCCCCCGAGGAGAAGAUGGCGGCGCGGCACGGCCCGCUGCGCGCCGGGGAGCUGGUGCUGGCGGAGCUGCGCAGGAAGCACAACGCCACGCUGAAGAUGCUGUGCCGCCUGGAGCCGGGCGCCGUGCUCAACUCGCACGGCGGGCAGAUCCCGCACCGGGACAUCAUCGGGCGGCAACCCGGACACGUGCUGCGCUCAUCGGCCGGGGCGCGGCUGCUGCUGAGGCGGCCAUCGCUGGACGAGUACGUGCUGCUCAUGCCGCGGGGACCCACCAUCGCCUACCCCAAGGAUGUCAGUGCCAUGCUGAUGAUGCUGGACAUCCACCCGGGAGACGUUGUGUUGGAAAGCGGCAGCGGGUCCGGAGCUCUGAGCUUGUUUCUGUCCAGAGCAGUUGGGCCCCAGGGACGUGUUAUCAGUUACGAAAUCAGAGAUGACCAUCACAGCUUAGCAAAGAAGAAUUACAGGCACUGGCUCAAUACGUGGAGAAUAGGACAUACAGAAGAGUGGCCAGAUAAUGUGGAUUUCGUUCUUAAAGACAUCUCCAGAGCUGCUGAGGAUAUGAAAUCAUUAACAUUUGAUGCAAUAGUUUUGGAUAUGCUUAACCCUCAUUCUGCUCUGUCUGUUGUACACCCAAGUCUUAAAGAGGGCGGUGUGUGUGCUGUGUAUUUGGCCAACAUCACCCAGGUUAUAGACCUUUUAGACAGAAUACAGACACGCAGGCUCCCCUUUGCCUGUGAAAGGAUUGUGGAGGUCACUCAUAGAAACUGGUUGGUGCUCCCUGCUAAAAUCAAGAACAGCCAAAGAGUGGAAACUCAAGAAGAUGGCGAGGAAGAUCCUCAACAGAAAGAAUGUGAUGAAAUCCAAACCGGGGAUCAAAUAGUUCUUAACGAAGGUGAAGGCAAUGAGCCAUUUCCUGAUGAUGCUGAAACCUCCUGCUCAGUACCGUACAUUGCCAGACCGUCUCGGUGGCAGGAUGCUCAUUCAGGUGAGAUACUUGAAAAAGGCUUUUAUUGUUAAUGUUUUAUCUUAAAAUAUUCGACUUACAAAAAUAGCGAUGUCAUGUUACUAUCUCACAACAUCAUGAAAAUUAUAAUAAACUAAAAAUUGAAUCUUGAAA